GUUGUAUUAGAUGAGGAGAUGACCAUGUGCCCAUCAGAGCUCAGAGUGAUCAUGUGUGAUGUUUCGGUUCCCACGGUUCUCAGAGUUCCUCACCGCGUUCCCACCACCUCUCAAACUCACCUGCUGUAAAACACCACGCUGGAGUGUGUGAAUUUCUCCUCUCCUCACACUGUGCCAUGAUGCGAUUUUACUGCACCAGUUCCGCCACUUUACAGGACCAGGAGUUACCCUAGACCGCUUUAUAAAGCGCGAGCUUUUGCGCGUUCACUUCACACAGACAGCAAGGUGAGCACGCGCGCGACCUUGAACCGCAAAAACCCUCGAACCUGCAACAUUUUUUCUUCUUGAAAAAAAAAAAAAUUACUGGUGCGCUUUUCUUUUCAGUGCCGGUGGUUUAUUUGUAUUUUUUUUGCAAUCCUGUUCCUGAACGAGAUGCGCGCAUUCGGUUUGAUCAAUUUUGCGGCGUUGAUUGCGUCUCUGUGCGCGCUCCCGCGGCACGUUCCAGACCACGAGUUCUCCGGCGACGGAGCGGAAGAGCCGAUCAGGGGUUCGGUCAGAGUGGUGAAGCUGAGCCCGCACUUUCUGCGCCAUUCCCCGGGCGCGCUGAUGAAGAGGGGACCGUUCCCAGCCUUCUUGGCCAUGGGUCGCCCGGGGCCUUCUGCGCACGCACGCGCACCCCCUGCGCCGCUCCCGCACCUGAGCGCGAGCUACACCGGCGCCCACGCCAAGAGGAGACAAGGCCUGGAGAUGUGGCAGAGGGUGAUGCAAAAAAGCGAGGCGACCAAAGAGGUUCUGUCACUGCCAUUUAACUCCAAAGAUGCGGGAACGCAGAGCUGCGCGGCGCUGCCUUUCACCCAGAGAAUAACCGAGGAGGGCUGCGAGCCGAUAACCGUCCACAAUAAACUGUGCUUCGGCCAGUGCAGCUCCAUGUUCGUGCCCCCGAACGGAGAGUCCGGUGAGCACCGCGGCGGUCCGUCUUGCUCGCGCUGUGGCCCGUCCAGAGCGCGCACCGUGCACGUGCCCAUGCGCUGCGGCUCGCAGGUGCGCGAAAAGCGCGUGAUGCUGGUGGAGGAGUGCAAGUGCGAAACCGGGAGGGAGGAGGAACAGAAAUCCGACAACAUGGCCAUGCAUUUAUAAAGCCGCACUGCCAAAGUGUGUGUGCGCGCGUGCGUUUGAGCCUGCUUGUGCGUGUGCGUGUGCGUGUGCGUGUGUGUGUGUGUGUGUGUGUGUGAUGACAAACGCGCUUAUUCGCAGAAUUUAUGACGACAGAACCACUUUAGGUUCUUCAAUCGGACAUAGUUUGAUUUUCCAAACUGAAACUUCAUCCGAACAUCCGUUUCGAUUAUUCCGACGGAAUUAUUGUACUUUUGCAUGUUAUUUCAUGCUUCUCCCGAGUGAUGUCGCUGUUUCACGACAAUUCUGUACCUGACACAA